AUGCUGCUGCUGCAGGCAGCAAGCAGCAGCAUCACCAAUGCGCUGCAGCAGGUGGUCCAUCAAGACAGAGGCCUACAAACAGCAGCAGCAGUUAUCGAUGUCUGCGUAAGGCAUGCAACAGCACUCGCGCUGCAGCAGCAGCAGCAGCAGCAGCAGCAGCAGCAGCAGCAGCAGCAGCGGAGACGCAUGCGAUACGCACACAGUGCUGCUGCUGCAGCACUAGCCGACGUAGCCCUAAAGAUAGACCUCAGGAAGAAACGGCGCGACGCAGAGGCGGACCAGGUGGACCCCAAAGUCGAUGCCGCCCUCCGCAGAGAUCUCAGAGCAAGGCAAGCCUUCUCCUGCUUGCUGCUGCUGCUGCUGUUGCUGCUUUCUAUCAACGCGGAUUUGAAAUCUCUGCGCCAGUUCGAAGCAAAACUCCUCCAGAGCCUUUUUGUCCUCUAUGCAAAGACUCUGCGUUCCCCCGAGAUUGCUGGGGCGCCCAUGGUGCUGGCAGCACUGCGAGGUGUCUGUACACUCGGAGAUUUCGUGCGUGAUGAUUUGCUGCUGGACUUUCUGCUGCUGCUGCGCGAAGCAGCAGCAGCAAACCCCGCGCUGCUGCUGCAGCAGCUGGGGCCAGCAGCUGCUGCAGCUUGGGUCCUCGUGCCGCUGCUGCUGGCUAGAAAACUCAGAAGCGCUCUUCAGGGGGAGGAGGUGGAGCAGCAGCAGCAGCAGCAGCAGCAGCAGCUUGCCACUGCCGUGCUGAUAUUGCUGCUGCUAUGUUUGUUCUUGCUGCUGCUGCUGCUGCUGCUGCUGCACCAAGUGCCUAGCAGCGGCGGAUCCUUCUUUGACCCCCCCAGCAGCAGCAGCAACAGCAGCAGCAGCAGCAACAGCAGCAGCAGCAGCAGCAGCAGCAGCAGCUUUGAUACGAGGUUUGCGUACAAGCUGCUGCGGGCCCUGGAGCUGCUGCAGCAGACUCCGCAGCUGUGGGGCGGUGGGGGGGCGCAGCAGCAGCUGCAGCAGCAGAUGGCGCGUACAGCAACAACUGCAAAGGGUGUAGCUGCUCUCCGUGUUGAUGGAGAUUUCGGGUGUAUAGGCAGCUGCAGCACCGGCAACACAGGAAGCACUGCAUGCGUACAAGCGCUGCUGCCUCUAGGAUGUGUCUUUCUUGCUGCUGCUCCCCUUGCUGAUCUCUCUAUCGGCAGACAGAUAGUGAAGAGGCUGCUGCGGCUGCUGCAGCAGAUGCCCCGACUCCGCACCGCAGUGACACCUGAAGGAGCCACGGAUGCAGGCUGCGACCCGCAGACGAGCGAUGCUGCAUUAGCUGCCCUUGGGCUUGUCCCGGAGCAGCAGCAGCAGCUGCUGCAGCAGGUGGAGCAGCAGCAGCAGCAGCAGCAGCAGCAGCAGAAGAGGAAGAAGCUGCUGGAGGAGCACACGGGUGCAGCAACAGAAGCAGCACGAACAACAUGCAGCUGCUGCGCAGCAGCAGACUGCACCGCCAUGGAUUUCUGCUGCUUCACUGCUGCUGACGAGCAGCAGAUGCUGCAGCAGCUGUUCAUGCAUACACCACAACCAGCAGCACUCAAAAGCCAGCAGGUUGCUGCUAGAGCUGCUGCUACAGGUGCUGUCAAACCUGCAAAAGCUGCUGCUGCUGCUUCUGCUGCUGCUGCUCCUGUUGCUGCUGCUGCUGCUGCAGCUCAGAGUGCGCAGUCUCACUCCGCUUCAACGCAGCAGCAGCGGCAACAGCAGCAACAGCGGCAGCAGCAGCAGCAGCAGCAGCAGCGGCAGCAGCAGCAACAGCAGCAGCAGUUGCAGCUUCAAAAGAAAGAGAAACAGACGCAGACACAGGUCCAGCAGCAACAACCUGGGAACCAACAGAACGGCAGCAGCAGCAGCAACAGCAGCAGCAGCAACAGCGGCAGCAGCAACAGCAGCAGCAACAACAACGGCAGCAGCAAGAACUCCGCUGCAUUCCGCAGACGUCAGCGCAGGCGUGCAGCAGCAGCAGCAGCAGCUGCUGCUGCUGCUGCAGCGGCGGAGGCUACAGCAGCAGGGCCUUCUGCUGCUGCUGCAGCUACAACAGCAGCUCCUUCUGCUGUGGCUGCAGCAGCUGCUGGUGAUGCUCCCGCUGUGGAUGCAGCAGCAUCUGCUGCAGCUGCGGCUCCUGCCGAUGCUGCUGAAGGUGAAGCAGCUGAUGCCGUCGCUCCUGUAGCUGCUGCAGCAGUUGCUGCUGCAGCAGUAGCUGCAGAUACGCCUGCAGCAGCUGCAGCAGCUGUCCCUGCAGAAGCUGCUGCAUCUGCUGCAGCAGCUGCUGCAUCUGCUCCUGCAGCAGCUGCUACAUCUGCUCCUGCAGCAGCUGCUGCGUCUGUUCCUGCAGCAGCUGCUGCAGCUGUCCCUGCAGCAGCUGCUGCAGCUGUCUCUGCAGAAGUUGCUUCAUCUGUUCCUGCAGCAGCUGCUGCAGCUGUUCCUGCUGCAGCUGCUGCAUCUGUUCCUGCUGCAGCUGCUGCAUCUGUUCCUGCUGCAGCUGCUGCAUCUGUUCCUGCAGCAGGUGCUGCAUCUGUUCCUGCAGCAGCUGCUGCAGCCGCUCCUGGAGCAGCUGCUGCAGCCGCUCCUGCAACAGCUGCUGCAGCUGUUCCUGCUGCAGCUGCUGCAGCUGUUCCUGCAGAAGCUGCUGCAACCGCUCCUGCAGCAGCUGCUGCAGCCGCUCCUGCAACAGCUGCUGCUGCUGUUCCUCCUCUGGAUGCUGCUGCUGUUCCUGCUGCAGACGCUGCAGCUGCACCAGCAGCAGCUGCUGCAGCAUUACCUACAGCAGCAGAUGCUGCAGCUGUGCCUGCUGCUGCAGAUGCUGCAGCUGUUCCUGCAGAAGCUGCAGCAGCAGCAACAGCUUCAACUGAAGCAGCAGCAACUGCAGCUGCAGCUGCUCCAACUGCUGCAGCUGCUGCAACUGCUGCAACUGCAGCAGCUGCUGCAGCUGCUCCAACUGCUGCAGCUGCUGCAACUGCAGCAACUGCAGCAGCUGCUGCAGCUGCACAUAGUGUAGAGGAAGCGGGUGCUUCAUGA